GGGCCCCUGGGUAUUGUUCUUCCUACCUCCAGCUUGGGGUCUGGGGGCUCAGGAGGCCCUCUCCUCAAGAUGCGGGGUCGGGGGUCUCCUGACCCCCCAGGACCCCAGGAAAGGCCUCAGCCAUUGUUCCCUUCCCUCGAAAGUCUGGAGGUCCUGGCCUCUGGAAGCCUCUCCCUCGACUCCGGAAGGGUCCCAGGGAUUUCUUCUCCCUCCUUCCAGCUGCGAAAUGGGAAAGGAGGCAGCCGCAGCCUCUGGGAUCCUGUCCCAGAAACGACCGGCAGUUCCACAGCCGGGAUGCGGCGCUCUGUCCUGGUCAGGAACCCGGGCCACAAGGGCGUGAGGCCCACCUAUGAAGAAAUCGACUCGGACUCGGAAGACCUGGACCCCAAACACGAAGAUCUGGACCCAGUUUCUGAAGACCCAGAGCCGGAUCCAGAAGACCUCAACACUGCCCCGGAAGACGUGGACCCCGGCUAUGAAGACCUGGACCCCACCUCUGAGGAGCCCCAAGAUCUGGACCCCAUGUCUUCAAGUUUCGAUCUCGAUCCAGACGUCAUUGGCCCUGUACCCCUGGUCCUCGACCCCGACAGCGAAGCCCUCAGUCCUGCCGCGGCAGACGUGGACCCGCUCUCCUCCAGCAUCACUGCCGCCCCCGAGGUCCUGGCCUCCAGCCCUGCGGUGCUCCCCGCCCCAGCCAGCCCGCCCCGGCCCUUCUCCUGCCCCGAUUGCGGCCGCGCCUUCCGCCGCAGCUCGGGGCUGAGCCAGCACCGCCGCACCCACAGCGGCGAGAAGCCGUACCGCUGCCCCGACUGCGGCAAGUCCUUCAGCCACGGCGCCACGCUGGCGCAGCACCGCGGCAUCCACACCGGUGCGCGCCCCUACCAGUGCGCGGCCUGUGGCAAGGCCUUCGGCUGGCGCUCCACGCUGCUCAAGCACCGCAGCAGCCACAGCGGGGAGAAGCCGCACCACUGCCCGGUGUGCGGCAAGGCCUUUGGCCACGGCUCGCUGCUGGCACAGCACCUGCGCACGCAUGGGGGCCCGCGGCCUCACAAGUGCCCGGUGUGUGCCAAAGGCUUCGGUCAGGGCUCGGCGCUGCUCAAGCACCUGCGCACGCACACGGGCGAGCGGCCAUACCCGUGCCCGCAGUGCGGGAAGGCCUUUGGGCAGAGCUCGGCGCUGCUGCAACACCAGCGCACGCACACGGCCGAGCGCCCCUACCGCUGUCCGCACUGCGGCAAGGCCUUCGGGCAGAGCUCCAACUUGCAGCACCACCUGCGCAUCCACACGGGCGAGCGGCCCUACGCCUGUCCGCACUGCUCCAAGGCCUUCGGGCAGAGCUCGGCGCUGCUGCAGCACCUCCACGUGCAUUCCGGCGAGCGCCCCUACCGCUGCCAGCUCUGCGGCAAGGCGUUCGGCCAGGCCUCCAGCCUCACCAAGCACAAGCGGGUGCACGAAGGCGCCGCCGCCGCAGCCGCCGCCGCCGCCGGCUUGGGGCUCGGGCCUGGCCUGAGCUCUGCACCCGUCACGAGGCCGGGAAAGGUCUCCUUCCUGGGUCCCGAGGCUGUCUCUGUGCUGGGCUCUGGCCUGGGCCUUAGCCCAGGCCCCAGCUCUGGCUGCGGCCCGGACCCUGGGUCCCUUUCCAAUCCCAGCCCCAAGCCCCUCUCUGGCUCCGGAUCCUCCCCCAGCCCCGAUCCUGUUGAAUCUUCUGACCCUAAGCCUGGUCACAAUGCUGACCCCGACCUUGUGCUCAGCCCUGACCGUGAAUCUGAUACCAGCCCUGACCCCCACCCUGAGUCCCAGCCUGACCCCUGCUCUCCCACCCGAGACACUGUCAGCCCAGCCUUCCCUGCUGGUGAGAGUCUGGAGCGGGUUGAGGAGCAAGGGGCACUGCUGGGGCCUGAUGGCUGAAGGGGGCACCGCAGGGCGUCCACAGGGCCUGGGAAGUUGUGUGUUGUGCACUUAGUAAAACCCUCCCACUGCCUUC